AUGACUAAGAGUGUUUUAUGGUUUCGUCAAGGGCUUCGGCUGCAUGAUAAUCCUGCUUUGAUAGAAGCGAUAAACACUGAUGAUGGUCGACGACAAGUCACUUUUUAUCCAGUGUUCAUAUUCGAUGGUGAAAGCGCAGGUACAAAGGAUGUUGGCUACAAUCGUAUGAAGUUUCUUCUAGAAUCAUUGCUGGAUUUAGAUGAACAAUUCAAGCAACUUGGCGCACCUGGACUUUUUAUAUUUCAAGGAAAACCUACUGAAAUAUUCCAAAAUUUGCAUGAUAAUAUUGGAAUAAAUAAAAUCUGCUUUGAGCAAGAUUGCGAGUACAAUGAACGUGACAAUGAGAUUAAAUAUUUAAGUCGAGAGCUUGGAAUUGAAGUUGUUGAAAAAGUUUCUCAUACUUUGUGGAAUCCUGAAGAUAUUAUAAGAAUUAAUGGAGGAUUUGCACCAUUAACAUAUCAAAUGUUGCUACACACUGUCAAUGUUCUUGGAUUGCCGCCCAGACCAGUGAACAAUGAAGUUGAUUUUUCUCAAGUCAAUUUUGGCACAAUUCCCGAACAUCAUAAAAUCAAUCUUCGUUUGAUGAAAUCUAUUCCGAGCCCUGAAGAUUUUUUAAUAUUUCCUGAAAAUACUGGUUCAGACGUGUACGUUAAUUGGAAUGGAGGCGAACGUCAUGCGCUUGAACAGAUGAUUGAUCGUGUGAAACAUGAAGAAGAAGCAUUCGCAAGUGGAACUUAUCUUCCAAAUCAAGCAAAUGUUGAUCUUAUGGGUUCACCGAAAUCAAUGUCUGCAGCACUUCGAUUUGGUUGUCUAUCAGUUCGAAGAUUUUAUUACACAAUUCAUGACAAAUUCAAUGAAGUUCAGGACAAAAUGGUUUACAAACUUCCUGGUGGACAUCAUAUUACUGGUCAAUUAAUGUGGCGUGAAUAUUUUUACACCAUGUCGAUAAAUAAUCCAUACUACGGACAAAUAAAAAAUAAUCCAAUUUGUUUGAAUAUUCCAUGGAAAUCCUCAGAAGAAGAUGAAAUAUUGAAAUGGAAGCAAGGGAGAACAGGAGUUCCAAUAAUCGACGCUUCAAUGAGACAACUUUUGGCUGAAGGUUGGCUUCAUCAUACAUUGCGAAAUCUUACAGCAACAUUCUUGACUCGAACUGGGUUGUGGAUAUCAUGGGAAGUUGGUUUGCAACAUUUUUUGAAGUAUCUGUUAGAUGCUGACUUACCAAUUUGUGGUGGAAAUUGGAUGUGGGUGUCAUCAAGUGCUUUUGAAACUCUUCUUGACUCAUCAAGAUGCAGCAUAAUUUCUUUGGCACAUCGGUUGGAUCCGAAAGGCGAAUAUAUCAAGCGAUAUGUUCCGGAAUUACGUAAUUUUCCUAUGAAAUAUAUUCAUGAACCCUGGCGAGCGCCAAUUGAUAUUCAAGAGGACAUUGAAUGUAUAAUUGGCCAAGAUUAUCCAUCACCAAUGAUUGACAUUGUACAAGCGUUACAAAUCAACUGUAAUCGAAUGAAGAAAAUUCGAGAAUCUCUAAUUGAAUCCCAGCCACAUGUCAGACCAUCAAAUGAAGACGAAAUAAGAACUUUCUUCUGGAUUGCUGAUGAAAUUGCCAUCCAAUGCAACUAAUUUAUUUUAUAAAAUCUUUUUAAAAUAAUCCAUUUUUCAACUUAAAAGUUUAAAUAUUCAAAAACUUCUUUAAUCUUCAAUUUUAAUGACUUUUGAGCAUUCACAAUUUUUUUUAUAUUUUGUUGGCCUUCGAGUUCUCACACCUACAGCGGUUCUAAAUGGAGGAAUUUCAGUUGUUGUAGUUGUCGUUGUCGAAGUUGUUGAUGUAGGAGUGGCUAAUGUUGAUACCGUUGUAGAUGCAUCUUCAUUUUGAACUCCGGAACCUCCAAAUAUAAAUCCAAAUAAAUUUGAAAACGGCCAUUUGCCUUUAUGCUUAUCAACUAUAUCCAAAUUUUCAGGAUGAUGCCAAUUAACCGAAGGAUAAUGAUAAGAGAAGGGCAAAUGGAAUUGUAAUUUUUUAUUAUUAUGAAUGUUUGUUUGAAAAUUGAUGUUAUCAAAUUCACUUGGCAAAUAAUUCUCAUCUCUCCAUUGAUCAGUGAAUUUUAUUUCCCUUGCAUUCCCACUAAGAAUGUUAACUAUAUAUAUGUUCAAAAGUUAAAUAUUAACAUUAAAUCUUUCACAUAGAUAUAUUAAAAGUAUUAUAAAUGUAUUUACCAGUUAGUGAAACAAGCAUAAUCACAAAAUACUUUAACUUCAUUUCACUCAAUAUUUGACUCAAUAUGAAACAAACAGAAAGUUUUUUUUGUUCUUAUAAAAUGUUUUAUUUCUUUUCGAAAACGACGACAAAAAAUAGACUAAAAACUUGUUUCCAAGAAGAAAUAUAGAAAGUUAGAGAAUUGAAACAGGUUCUUAUCUAUAAUUGGUAAAAUCCCUCUCUUCUGAUGUUUUUAUUUUUUAAUUAGGUAUUUAUAUCAUUAGAGAUUUUAUGGUGUGAAAAUAAAGAUUUUGAAAGUAGAG